AUGAGAGCCGCAUACUCGAAGCUUGCACAGCAGUAUGAGACACAGUGUUUACCUGUCAACGGGCGGAAAGACACUGUCACGGAGCGCCGUGCUACGAGCUUUUUGGCAGUUGAUGAUCGCCUGGAAUUUACUCCAACUCAGGCCCGCAUCUCCGACGUCAAUUUCUGGUGCAUUGAAUGGAUUUACACUCUUGAUUUGGACCGAGAGCUGUUUGGGGUUGACAAUUCUAUCUAUUUCCAGCUUUCCAAGGUCCCGCACGAUGACAGUUGGAUCAAAUAUUUAGGUGAAGACAAACAUGGACGAAGGGUCUUCACCAAACGUACCCCCAAAGAAAUCAUUGGCACUGUCGAGUGGAAGCCGCAAGUGAUCAUCCAGUCGAAAAUCAGGUUCAAGGAGCUCGAUGUCAAGACCGUGUGCCUCGAGUCUCUAACUCCCCCAAGCUCAGACGUGCCCACUCACCGCGAAGCGUUCUUGCUAUCUGUCUUUACUGCCAUGAAUACGGCAUUUAAAGGCUUCCUCGAUGAACACAUCAUCCAAUGGAAAGCAGAUGAUUUUUGUUUCAGAGAAGUGGCAUUCGCCCUUUUGUCUCUGGCUGCUGGAGAGGUCACCUUCGUGAACCCUAGCUCGCUCAAUCGGAACUACAAGAGUGAAGGUUAUUACCUCAUUCCAGACAGAGGUCCUCAGAACGAGCAAGGUCUGCUUCCGCGAUUCCUUUACGAAUGCCAUGCUCCCGGUGUUCAUCCUGGCGCAGCGCCCAACAACACUGCAUAUUGGCUUGGAAACGUCCUUGUUUACUUAACGGCCCGUCUUGAUUUAAUUGAGAUUGAAGAGACAGCCAUUGCUCAAGCAGUGGACACAGGACUUGGACAGGGAUCAUCAUCUUUCUAUGCCAUGGUGUUCUCCGUCGUGGAUGUAAUCCUAGUUCACGUCGAGACAAACGACGGGAGCAUUGAGAUCCGCAGGUCUCCGAUGCUAAACUUGUUUUACUUUGAUGACAAAAACUCGGGCUUUGUGGAUGGGUUUCGCUCAAGAGUGGCUUAUUCUCCGCAAGGCGUCGAGGCGGGAUCAUCCAAAAUCACAGCAACCUCGUUUACUGCUAUGAUACGAUUCUUCGAAGCAGCUCUAGACUCCAGUAUAACUGGGGCGAGGUCGAAAAUCUUUCCCAACGAGGUCUUGGGUUUAAUAAUGGAAUCGUCGGAUCUCCCAACAUACAAGGCUCUGGAAAGAGUGUCGCCCUACUGCAAAAUGAUCGGCAAUCACAAGUUUCGCUUAAACGACGAUUAUGCCUUGAUUGAAAAUCCUUUUCCCAACAGAUUUAUCUUGGAAGAGUUGGAUUCGGGAAUGAGAACUGUCCUAGACAUGGAUGCAGGUAGCGUGGAUUCUGAUUCAGGGGAGAGUUCUUAUUUAGAACUGAAUUCUGGUGAAAUCAACAACGGCGUGAGACUGAAUCUCGUUGUGGGACAUUCGGUCAGGAAGGCCAUCAUCAGUCAUGUGUCCCUCUAUCUGCCGAAGGCGACUCCGAGACAUCCAACCCUAUACAGAAAAGGUGGAAAUGCCGAUGCAGUAAGUGUUGCUUUUCACUACAUGGGACGCCUACCAAGCCACUGUGCUGAGGAACUUGCCUCCAUGAUUCUUAACAUGCCCAGCGACAUAUAUCCAGGCGGGAUCGAGAAUGCCUGGGGAUCAUACAUCUCGCAUCUGAUCUGUGGUGCAGCUGAGCCAGAUUGUCUCUACUUUCCGUUGCAGAUCAUGGGCGCUCAAUGGCUUGGCUUACUACCACCAGGAUAUCGACAACUACGAAUGAACCAUCUCUACUGCAACGGGCUUCAUAUGUUUUUGCGCCACCCGAAAAAUGAAUGCCCCGAGGAAUGGGAGAAGACAAUCACACAUGCCAUUUCUUACCUUAGCCAUAUCGAACAAACUGGCGAUUCAUUCAGGCAUUUCGUGCGUGGCAGGCCCGUGAUUAUCGCGUUUGGCACGAAGAUAAAGUUCUACUACUAUGUCCACUGGUGCGAGGGGGCGCCGUUGUCGACGACUGGUAGCGCAUAUAGCGUUGAGAUUGCAGCACGUUGUGUGGAAUCCGAGCCUCGCCGCCGGCUUGUGCAAUUAAUACCCGGAGAGGGGCCAGUUGAUAUCAAAGAGCCAGAGAGUAGAGAGGAGUUUGAGAACUGGAUCAAGAUCUUCCGCGAUCCGAGCCUCACAGAGUGGGAUCCAUUCACGGAGAGCCAGCAGCCGUUCGGCGAGGAGCGUGAGUACUGA